UCAGAGGGUCUGUGACGGUCUGCGAGUCGUGGACGGACCGGGGCCGGACGGGUUUCUGAGUCGCCAUGUGGGUCGGUCCCGUAUGAGAACAGGCCCACUGCUGGCAGGCAGAGGAGGAGCAGGAGGAGAGGAGGAGAGGAGGGGAGGAAAAGUGUGUGUUUACACAGACGGCAAACCGCCUGGGGAAUCGUCGGGGAGAGGAAGUCAGCCGGCUCUGUGUCUGCCUGCUCCAACUUCCUGCUCAGAAAAAGAAAAAGCCCAGGAUCCUAUUUCAGUCCAGCACAACUGUGAAGACCAGAAGUAAGCAUGGAAAAACAAGGGAUCGCACUCGGCUCGCCUUGAAGCUUCGCGGAGGGACCAGACACAGUCGGCGAUCGCAGGUAUGGACAGCGCCAUCACCCUGUGGCAGUUUCUGCUGCAGCUGCUGCUCGACCAGAGCCACAAGCACCUGAUAUGCUGGACGUCCACGGACGGCGAGUUCAAGCUCCUGAAGUCGGAGGAGGUCGCCAAGCUCUGGGGCCUGCGCAAGAACAAGACCAACAUGAACUACGACAAGCUGAGCAGAGCCCUGCGCUACUACUACGACAAGAACAUCAUUAAGAAGGUGAUUGGACAGAAGUUUGUCUAUAAGUUUGUGUCCUUCCCUGAGAUCCUGAAGAUGGACCCGCAGGCAGUGGAGAUGGGCCUGGCUUCUGGACGGUUCCCCCUCCAGGAAGGAGAGGCCCCUGAGCUGGAGGUAGAAGAGGAGGAGGAAGAGGAAGGGGAGGAGGAGGCGGCGGCGGCGGCGCAGCAGAGGAUGCAGACCCUGGCAGCCUUGGGGACGCAGCAGUGUCGCAACGACUACCUCCGCUCGGGCCUCUACUCCUCCUUCAGCAUCAGCUCCCUGCAGAACCAGCCCGAUCUGCUCCGGGCCCUGCGGGAGCGCCAGGACGAGUCCCGCUCCGUCAUCCGCUUCGGCGCCAACGACAGGAGCUCCCCUCCCUCUGCCAGGCCCGAGUCCUACGUCUCCCCCAGGCCAUCCCGACUCCCCUCUCAUUCCCCAUCCUCCCCCCACGCCCAGCCGGGCCGAAGCUGGAGCCCUGCUGUCAAAGAGGAGGAGGAGGAGGAGGACUCUGACCAGAGCGCUCAGCCCCUCAACCUGUCCUCUGGGCACAGGGAGCGAGCCCUGCCGCCUCCGGAGAAGAGGAGCAGCAGAGGCAGUGGUAGAAGUAGUUCUUUUAGUCAUAGUAACCAUGGAGAUGGACUCCCACCAAAAAGCAAAAAGCCCAAAGCUCUGGAGAUCUCCGCCCCGUCCCUGCUGCUGGCAGGGAGUGACAUCGGCUCCAUCGCCCUCAACAGCCCCGCUCUUCCGUCUGGCUCCCUCACUCCUGCCUUCUUCACCGCACAGACUCCCUCCGGUCUGUUGCUGGCUCACAGUCCACUGCUGUCAGGCAUCCACUUCUGGAGCAGCCUGAGCCCCGUCGCCCCGCUCAGCCCCGCCCGGCUGCAGGGCCACAGCUCCCUGUUCCAGUUCCCCAGCCUAAUCAACGGACACAUGCCUGUCCCUCUGCCAAACCUGGAAGGAACACCCUCCUCCCUGCUCCUGUCCCCCACCACCCACAAAUCCUGAUCCUGGGUCUGUGAAAAAAACCUCCCAUCUUCACCCAUCUCCUGUUGAAGGUUUCUCCCUAUCGUCCUCAUCAGCGAUCUCUCUUCUCCAUCUUGUCAAAAAUUAGAAAAAGUCCUACGAGACGAGUUUGUGACCUCACCUUUUCUUUUUUGCACUUGAGUUGCUUCAGAUUCCAGUGGUUGUAAGCACUUGGUAAAAAGCCAUAUGCCACGAUGUCUGAGAGGCGUCCGGCUCUGUGAUAAAGUACAGCACAUUUCCACCUGACCCUGUUCCCGAUGGACAGCAGUGAAGCGUUGCUGGCUGAAGAAGGCUCGCAGCCUCUCAUUCCUCCCAAAAAAGAGCUGUUGUUUUAAAUCUUGUAAGAAAAAAAAAAUAAAAAAAUGUUGGGUUGUUUUUUUUCUUAAAUGUUCAUCACACUGUGAAACGGGUUGUUUCACCUGUGUGGUGGUGUAUGUAAUGUAUGCACUAUGCUUCUCAGAUAGUACCGGCUGUGCCUUGUUGUCUUAUUUUCCUCUUUUUUUUAAAAAAAUGUUUAUCUUUUAAUGAAGACGAGAUUUCAAAUCAAUGAAAAAAAACAUUGUAACGCUUGUAUUGUUCUUUUUUUAAAAUAAUGGACUUGGUAUACAGUAUGUAUUCUGUAUAUUGUUUUGUAUUGCGAAGAAUUUCAUGUCAUUUUGAAUAAACAAAGCAUUGAAUGCUUGAACAAAG